AUGGAGAGGAUGAUUAUCUUCUGUAUGCUUUUCUUCUGUUCCAGUAUGGCUCUGACUGCAGCGCCACACAAAAUAGCGAAAUACAAACAACUUUUAAAGACAAUUGAACGGUUAGAAACCACAGUGAGAGAUAAGGAUGUUGAAUUGCUGCAUACACCAGAAAACCCUGUGGACGGAUGCGUGUUCACAGCUAUGGCCUGCUUCCAGAAUGGCACACUGAAAUUACAACCAGAAAACAGCCAAGUAAACUCUACAUUCACCCAUACCAUUAAAGUCUUGAAACGAUUAAUCUCCAUUAAUCCUGAAAAGUGUGAGUCUUCAUGUGAAUCUUACGAGAAAAAAACUCCCAAAGAAUUUUUGAAGAGUUUUGCAAAACUAAUCAAAAAAG